GACCCUGCAAUAAUUGUCAAAAUUUACAAAUGAAUGGUGGAAAUAAGCUCUCAAUUCCGCGGUCCAUUCCCUCCAGCCGUUUGAAUUGAGCGCCCAAAUUCGGUUUGCUUCUUCUUUGAGCUCUUGGAGCCCGCCAGCUGACGCACAGGUUGAGGAGCAGUGCAGCCCUGGGGCCGGAUUUUACACAACAUAAACAUUCUCUCAGGGUCUUUCCCGGACCCGUUUUUGCCCACUGCCAGGACACGGGCAAUGCCCUGAGACGGCCAUGAAGGUCCUUGCUCGUCUGGGCCGCCUAGCGCGCUACGCGGUGGUCUAUGCCGCCAUGACCCACUGCACCUUCGAGUACAUCGGUGACUUUGUCCUGUGCAAGGGACCCUCCAUGGAGCCCACCCUGUACUCGGACAACGUCCUGCUCACCGAACGCCUGUCGAAGCACUGGCGCACCUAUCGUCCCGGCGACAUCAUCAUUGCCAUUUCCCCGAUCAACGCCGGCCAGUACAUUUGCAAGCGGAUUGUGGCCGUGUCCGGUGACCCGGUGCUAACCCAGAAGCCGCAUCCCAUUGAGAACGAGUUUAGUCCGGAGACCGGCGACAAGGCUGGUGGUGGCAAGACGAAGCCCCUAAUGGUGAGGGACUAUGUGCCCCGUGGCUACGUUUGGAUCGAGGGCGACAACAAGGCCAAUAGCUCCGACUCGCGCUACUAUGGACCCAUACCCAUCGGCCUCAUCCGCAGCCGCGUGCUCUGCCGCAUCUGGCCGCUCUCCGAGCUCACCGGUCUCUAGAAUUGGUUUGUUUUACUUUUCUCAAACUUUAACUUGGUUUUCCCCGGCGUUGAGGUCCCUUGGUUGGGGGGAACUGCUGUAGAUUAUCGUAAACCAUGUAGAUUCUGUGCGAUGUUGGAUGUUUUUGGAGGAAUAAAGCAGGAGAAGCGUCUCAAGGAACUGCCCAUACAUAUAUGUAAUACAUUUAUUUAAACAUUUCCUUUGUCUUUUUUCUUAAAUAAAAAAAAAAACACUUGCAGAAAACAA